GUGCUGCUGUGAGAGCUGGGCAGAAUUUCAAGGAUUAUUCCUUGGGUUUUUGUUUUUGAAGAAGGUGUUUGUAUGAAAUGGUGACUGCUGUUUAAAAUUAGCCCUUCCUGGCGCUCACUAGCAUCUCCAAACUGCAGGAAGGUCCCCGCUGCUGUGUGAAGGCAGGUGUAAGAUGUUCUCAGUCUUCUGGUUUAGCUGCUUUGGAAGUCAAAGGGAGAGCUGAUUUCCAUAAGCAGACAUUGUUGGUAAUGGUAACUUGCAUUUGGAAGCCUCACCAGGUGUGUAUGAGAAGAUGCUUAUGUGCAGGUAUGUGCUUAGAGGGAUGGGGUGUGUACGAGCAUCACAACAGCUGCAGAGCACUCAGGGAGCUCUUUAAUGGCCUUAUAUAAAGAGUAAAUCAAACACAAAGAUGAAAUCACGGUACUGAUGAGCUGUCUGUCUCUAAAGCCCCUUUUCAUAAGCAGCUCAAAGCAGUUCUGCACUGACCACUCAAAUGCUGAUCCCCUCACACCCUAUGCUUGCUGCAGUUGCACACUACUGUCACCCUUACAGCAAAAAUCCCCAGGAUCUCAGUGGUUGUUGGUCCAAACCUUAGACCAAUAGGGGAUUAUCAUGACUGUGCUACAAAGGCAAGCUCUGUGUGUGCUUCUGGGCAGAGAGCAGGAGCAAGCAUCUUUCCAUGUAAACGUCUGUAAAUCAAACCCAUGCUGUCUGUGCUGUGGUUGCUGGAGCCUCGUGCAUCCAGGUACAUCACUCAUAAAAUUAAGGUCACUCCUGACUGACACAGGUCAGCACAGAGGCCUCUGGUGACAACUUGUGAGCAGCCCAACAGAAGAAAGAAGGGGAUUUUUUUCAUCAGUAUUUAAUUUGGGGCAAUCUUAUUUAGACCUGUGUUCCGGGAGGGGGAAGGCUUAGGUCAGAAUCCUCAUCUCAAUAAACUCUGUCAUCCAUCUCUGGAUUAAAUUACAACUGUCAAGUGCUUUACUGGCUUCAGAAAGUAGUUCUGCAGGAAGCUUUUUAGUCCUAUGAGUGUGGAUUUGCUUUUAGAUGCAAAGUCUCGUUGAUAUUCCAGAUUCUGACUGGGGAUGCAUUAGGGAGAGUUACACCCCGACUCACUGCACUAUAAGUGACUGUCAGCAGAGCACUGAUUUUCAGCCCUCAAACUUCACAGGGAUUCCCCACGGUGUGAGAAACCCGUCGUGCCAUUUUGUGAUGAAUUCUCUGACUCUGGUCAUUUUGAACCUUACAUAAUUUAGUGCAAAGCGUAAAAGAUGGGCGCCUAAUGAUUUGUCAUAGUGUCAGGUUUUACAAGACGAACAGACUUAAGUUGCUGCCUGAAAGACUAUAAAGCUUUUGCUGAGGGUGCACCUGGGAUUUUAGCAUAUGUGGGUGGUUUGCAGCAGCCCGUGUGCUGACCAGCUCUGCCUGUGCUGCAUCAGAAUGGUUUUUAAUUUCUCAAGAACUGUCCUUGUGAUCGCAUACAUUGGCUGCAGUGAGGAGCUGGCUUGACUCACUGAAAUGGGUGGUGAGGUUUCUGCCAAAGACCAGGGCUUGGGGCUCUGCAAGCUGUGUGAUUGUUCUUAACGCUGGAGGAAAGGAUGGGGGGAGGUGGUGGAAUCACCAUCCCUGCAGGUGUUCCAGAACUGCGGAGAUGUGGCACUGAGGGAUGUGGGCAGUGUUGGUGGUAGGUGGACAGUUGGACUGGAUGAUCUUAGAGGUCUUUUCCAACCUUAGUGAUUCCAUGAUUCUGAUGUUUCUGCAGCCUCUGAGCAUCCUGAUUGAUGCUAUUGUAGAUGCCGGUGUGCAACUCUGUGCAGUGAGAGGGCUCAUGCUUGGUCGGCUUGGCCGAGUAACCAUCAGAAGGCAGCAUUUGAGAACCUGUAGGCAGCUCGUUCUGGAGCACAGGGAGGGAAUUUGGGUGCUGGGAGGGGCAAAGCAGCUGCUCCAGAGAAGCUAUGCAUCUCCUGGCAUGGAAGAGCCCUCCUUCCAGCUGGUUCUGAGCCUCCAGACCAGCUCAGUGCAGCAUGACCUGGGUGUGCUUUGCGUUGAAACCACCUCUCCAUGCUAAACUGCAGUAGGAGUGCAGGUGGGGCUUAGCACAUCAGCAGGAAUUUUUCCCAAAGCGGGGUCAGGGACAGCCUGGAUCGUCCCUGCAGGAAGCAAACAGGGUGCAAACAUUCUGCCUCCUGAGAGGGUCACAAAACGUAAGGCAUUUCCAUGAAGAAAGCAGGUUGGUCAUGCUGGAGAAAUUUGCCUUUGUGUUCUUAAAGCUUUACAUAAGAGAAGUAUUUAGAUUAAAAGGAAGGGGGGGAAAAAAAAAGCAUGCUCCUGAUUUAAAACUAACUAACUAGAUGCACGAACAGAACUUUUAAUCUGAGCCCCUGUCACAAAAACAGCCUUUAUUGAUGUCAGUUGCUUUAGAAAAGGGAAGAAUAAACAGGAUUUGGCCUUUAAUUUGUGAAGGGUUUUGAUUUUUCGGAGGCAUUAAAGAGACAGAAAAGAUGGGUAUUGAAUUAUUUAACAAUUGCUAGUAAAAUUAAGCCUCAGUCAGCCUGCUUUCACUGAAAUAAUCUUAUGAAUAAAAACAAAACAAUCUGGGGCAACAACAACACACACAGCUUCUCUCCCGCUGGCUGAACUGUUUCAAAGUAGUCCAUGAAGUGGUUUUGCAAGUCGGAGCCAAGCAGAGCCUUUUCUGUGGUCUGUUCACACUCCCAUAGGAGAAGGCUGCUGCUGGAUUACAGCAGUGGCUUUUCUCUCUAAAUCUGAAAGCGAGGGCAAAAAUAUGCAGAAAGGAGUUGGGGGAAUUUGGCUCUUCGGAUUUCUUUCUUCUUUAGCAGAUGGCAUUUAAGUGAUUUAUUGGCUAAAACCAAUCUAUUCUCAUUAAGCAGGAAGUUUUUAAUGACUUCUGAGGCGGGUAUUCAAAACAAGGGGCGAUGAUGGAGGCAGUUGUGCUCAUGACAAAACACAGCAGCCCUUCAGCAGACGAGACUUAAAAGAGUGUUUGAGAGCAAGUGCUGAAGGCUGUGAUUUUCUUUCAUGUGCACUUUAACUCACUGUCCCUUUCAGUCGGUGAAACGUAAAUAAGCAUAGUUUAAAUUAAAGGAAAAAUAGAUCCUUAUUAUCAUAUCCAUCAGUUGGAGCAAGAAGGAUCUGAUGCCAGCGAGCUCCCAGCUGCCUCUGCUUGGGAGUCUGGGGGUUUGCAGAAAGGCUCCCAGCCCAGAGCACCACCACUGUGCUGGUAGUCUGAAUUAAGUCUUCUAGAGCUUAAAUCUCCAGCUGCUUUCCCAGUGCUUGUAAAGCAUGCACACGUGGGUGUGAACAGUGGCUUGACACGUUCGUUGGCUAAAAUGUGUCUUGUUCAUUGGACCCACGCUUGCAUCCUCAGCUCAGUGUGCAUUAGGACCAGCUGUGGCAUUUGCAAGUGCCCAAUUUCUGUGCUGGUGUGUGGGCCAAGGGCAGCUGCAGCCUUUAUUCCUUUUUGGUUCCCAUUGCAAAUGUACAGAUGUAGAAAUCUGCAAGUGAACAAAGCCAAGGAAGGGCAUCUCAAUAUCCCCCCGACCACUGCCUGGGUGGUGGUGUGGCCACGAUGAGCGUCACAGGAACUUGAGAGGUAUGGUGAUGUGGAAGGAGGUCUGGUGAUGUGGCAGCCAGGGAGCAAGGGGAGUGGACGUGGCAUGGGAGCUGCAGCUGGGGAGUGACUUGGUGGCAGCAGAGGAGUUACUCCAGAGACAAGCAUGGCGGGUCUCCUGGCUGCCAGCUCUCUGCUAUCCAUCACUGCUCGCUCUGAAGGCAGCACUUUCACAGCAGGAUCUGUUUUACAAAAUUCAAGCCCAGAUGAAGCAUUAUUAGCUCUGUGAGCACUGUUAGCUGCAGGUUUGGUCUCCAGCAGGCGCUGCUGUGGGCCCUGCACAUGCAUCCUGUGGAUGAAGGAAUCAUUGCUAAACACCAAGCUUUGAUGGAGACAGCUUGUCUGCAGAUCACAGCCCCCACAUCCCCAUCAUUUUUCAGAGAAAGUGACACAUCAGAAAAAGUGCAAACUUCAAACCAAGCAAGAAGAGCGUUUCAGGCUUUGAGAAGGAGCUGCUGCGUUCCUGGAGGCAUGAGGCUCCUGGGGUAGGAAUCCCUGAUCUGCCGCCCACAGACAUGGGGCACACAGCCUCUAGUCACCUCCUGGUCUUUGGGGAAGAGCUAUAAAGUGUUGAUGUUGCUUGCCUUCUGUAUGGUGAUGGCAGAGUUAGCACCUACAUUGGGUUCCUUCAGAGACCAGUCUGAAGUCCUAGUCCUGGCAGACAGUGGUGCUGCUCAUGAGUUUUGCAUUCAUAUGGAAACAAAAACACAUUCAGACAUGUUUGUGUUGCUGCUGUUUUGAGGCUCCAGAAUGCAGCUUUCAUCAGCACCUUCAAAUUACUGCAAGUAGUGACAGCCUGCAGCCAGCUCUGUGCUGAGGAUGGGGCAGCUGCCUGCCUGCAGGGACACUGCCCGCUGUGGGGCCCUUCAGUGCAGCAGCAGCACCUGGAGAAGCUUUAGGAAGAACAUCAGCUGUGCUGAUCCUAAAGGAUUCCAUGAGGCCCUGGGUUGUCGCUGCCCCUGCUUUUUUGGGGUCCCUGAGUCAAAAACCUGCUUUGCUUCCAGUCCCAAGAUGACUCUUCCAGGGAAAUGCGAGGCUAGGAAUAGGUUUUGCUCCGGUUAGCACUCCAGCUGCAGUCUGUCCCUUGAUAUGACAGUUGAGGAAGCCUGUUUUAUCUGUGCUGGGCAUCUUGGUGCUUAAUGAACACCUUUCUCAGAUCCUAAUUGCCUUGUAGGAGCCGCUGUGCUCCUUAGAAGAUGAGCAGGUAUUUACUAAUGAGCAGUCAGGCUCGAGGUGCUCUUAACAUGAUCUGAUGAGCAUUCGCUUCUUUGCUCUGAUUAAUACCUGGGUGAACUCACCUUUAUUUUUUUAUUUUUAAUUUUUAAUUUUGGGGAAUUGAAGCAAAGAAAUGUGAUGUCCGGAGGUAGAGCUGUGCGCUGGGCUUCUCUUCCCUGGGAUGGCAGCCCUGCAGCCCAUCCUCACCCAUUUAGUGCGUUCCUCAAAGUUACAAGCUUGGAGACGGCAGCGGUAGUGUGGUGUGGACUCCGUUAGCACAGCCUGGAGCACCAACCAAUAGCAAAGCAUCACUUCUUGAACACCAGCGGAGCGUGUCGUUCUUUCCUUAUCCUUUCUAUCUUUCUGAUUUCCCUUCUGAAAAAAAAAAGGAGAAGAAAAAGACAUGGAGUACUUAAGCAAACAGCUGUCAGUACCUUCGCGUGGUGCCUGGAGACCUCAAAGUGCUGUGAUCACAAUUGAGUGCCGUCUGUCUGAAUGGUGGGUUGGGCUGAUGGGACUUCAGUGCUGGAGGAAGAGGUUUCCUUCCCCUCGUGAUGGGCAUCUUGAUGGCCAGCUCAGCCUGCAGAGAGGUUCCUUGCUCCUUGGAGACAGGAAGGCUGUUUGUUUCAGGACGCCAGCGAUGAUCGGUUGCUCCUUUGUUGUGCACAGGAAGUUCUUUGGAGAGAUUGGGCUCCUCGAUCCCGGGAUGGACGUGUAUGGAGGGGAGAACAUAGAGCUCGGCAUCAAGGUGUGGCUGUGCGGCGGCAGCAUGGAAGUCCUGCCCUGCUCCAGGGUGGCCCACAUCGAACGCAAGAAGAAGCCCUACAACAACAACAUUGGUUUCUACACCAAACGUAACGCCCUGCGAGUGGCCGAGGUGUGGAUGGAUGACUACAAGUCCCAUGUGUACAUCGCGUGGAAUUUGCCUCUGGAGAAUCCGGGUAUUGACAUCGGGGAUGUCUCCGAGAGAAAAGCCUUAAGGAAGAGCUUGAAGUGUAAGAAUUUCCAGUGGUAUCUGGACCACGUUUAUCCAGAAAUGAGAAGAUACAACAACACUGUUGCGUAUGGCGAGCUUCGAAACAACAAGGCAAAAGAUGUCUGCCUUGACCAGGGCCCGCAGGAGAACCACACAGCAAUAUUGUACCCGUGCCAUGGCUGGGGACCGCAGCUUGCACGCUACACCAAGGAGGGGUUCCUUCACCUUGGUGCCCUUGGGACCACGACGCUCUUGCCCGACACCCGCUGCCUGGUGGACAACGUGAAGAGCCGCUUCCCUCAACUCCUCGACUGUGACAAGGUCAAGAGCAGCCUUCAUAAGCGCUGGAAUUUCAUCCAGAACGGUGCCAUCCUGAACAAGGGAACAGGGCGCUGCUUGGAGGUGGAGAACAGGGGAAUGGCCGGCAUCGAUCUGAUCCUUCGCAGCUGCACAGGACAGAGGUGGACAAUUAAAAAUUUCAUCAAGUAAAGAGUGGAGAAGUCAGAGGAGUUUCACCUGAAAGGUGGCUGACUUGGACCAAUUCGUCCGGACUCCUUUGGAAAGGACAAAAUAUCAAAACAGAGCUUUAUUCAUGUUAUUAGGAGAGGACAUGGGGGAAAUGGGCAUUUGUGUCUUUAUUUUUAUUGUAUAUUAGUCUCCCACAGGUGAUUUCAACUGUGUGAAAUUGGGUCAGAACUCUAAUUUUCUUCUGGCAAGCACUCUAAAAGGUACCAAUUAUUUCUGCUGGAGUAAGUGUAAUAAGCUCAUGCAUCCUUGGGAGCAUUUCACUGGCAGGGAAAUGCUGUUUUCCCAGAUGACUCCAAGUGCUCCCAAGACCCAGCCAGGUUUGUACUGUGAUUGAAGUCAAGAGACCCUGCAUAUAUCUGCAUGGCAAGCAUGCAAACGUGCAUGCUUGCGAGAGGAAAAGGCCACCAAGCCGUGAAGAAGCUGUAUUUGAAUGACAUGGUGUCUCACUAGGUGCAUUGUGUCUUUUCCCCUUCUUGCUCCUGCAUCCAGCAGCCCCUUUCUUGAGUCUGGGAGAAGCGAAGCUCUCGGAGACGCCCUGGUAGAUCCUGUAGAUCUCUCCAGUUCCCCAUCACAGAUGUCAUGACAUGAAAUACAGUUGAAUAAGAAUCCUGAGCUCCCGUUGUCUGCUCCCCAUCGCCCACUUGCUGCUGUUGGCUGAACCAGCCCGGCGUAGCACCGGCUCCUCUGUUUGUGGAGACCCCAAAUGGAAAGCCCCACGAUCGGUUACCUGCCCAUUUUGGGGUCUUUUGGAUGCAUGCCUUGUCAGAAUUAACCCAUGGCAGCCUGAGCAUUGCACAGCAGGCUGCCAGCCUGACACUGGCCCCUUGGGGGUUCUGUUACCCCUUUUUUUGCUCUUUUCAGGAUGGAUGUGCUGAUGUGUGCAAGAGGCUGAGGGCAGGUCGUGUGAAAGUCCUGCUCAGGCUUCCCUCCCAUGGAGGCUAUGGGGUUUGUUUUUAAGGCAUCCUAGUGUCUGAAUGAAGACAUGAAUAGUGGUAGUCUCCUUACCUCUGUAGUGGUGUAGUUUUCUUCUUGAGGCUCGAACACAUCUAUCCUGCCUGCUUCAUUGUGUUUCUGCAGUGAUGCUGAUGUAAGGAAGGGAGAGGGAGGGCAAGAGACCAAUACAUGGCAGCUUGCCUGAAGUUCUUCAUCUUGAGUCACUUAAGGCUUGUUAACACAGUGGGACGGUCUCACCUGGUUUAUCUGACUCACAGUAAUUCUGGGAACCAAAUCAAUCCAGCCACUGUGGGAGACUUCGGUCUGGGGUCGUGGUGUCUGGCUAACUGGAAAAGGGAAACAUCUUGAAAAGUCAUUUCACAUGGAUGUGGGACUAAUGGGUGGCCACAGGCUUUGCUCAGUUGAGAGGGGAAGCCAGCCCAUCUCCUGUCCUUCUCACAGAAUAAUACUCUUUCUGGUUGCCCUCUGGCUAGGGUGCACUAAAAUAUAUUAAUAUAUGAGAUGUAUGUGUAAAUAUGUUUCCCAAAGAUGGGAUGUGCACAGAGUUGUUUGCUGCAGAGCACUCAUGCCUGUCUUCCAUUUGCAUCGGGAUAAUGCUACCUGGGUGUUUAAUGAGUUUAAUUUUCAAUGCCAUGCAGCAGGUUUAUGACUGAUGUUUUAGUAAUUUAUUGAACAGAAACAGAUAUAUUUCAUUGUUCCUUCUUACAGCAUCACAUCUGAUUGUUCACUUACACGUGACAAGACUCAUUGGAGUUGUCUCUGGGUUUUCUCCCUUGCCUUCCGUAAUGCAGUAAAACCUCUUGUUGUCCUGAAUUGCAAAGUAGGGACUCAAUGUAGAAUUUUGCUCUCUUACUCGCUGUUACAUCAUCUCUCGUGUAAUAAAUUUUAGCACUUAUGAAAUGGAUACGAUUGCAAUGUCUUCAGAUGCAUGAGGCGUUUCCCCUGCAUUUGUUGCUGCCCUCUAAGAAAAGCCAUUUGCCAACGGAGAGGACUCACUCCAAGAAAGUCUGGGGGAUUUGAGAUUUCACAGCCAGCGGCCAAAAUGUAAAGUUCCCUUUUAAUUGAGCGAUCAGUUGCUGUCAGUCAUCAGUGGAAGCCACGUAUUGUUUAGCAUUGGGAAAAGCCUGCAUGUUUUGGAGGGGGUGGGGGAAAAAGGAAUCCUUUGGAUGUUGCUGCGCUAUCAUUCACGGUUCUCAGCUCCGCUCCAGUCCUGCCAGUGCUCGGGGCGCCAGCAGAUGGGCUUUGUCAGAUUUAAUUGUGGUGGAGGAAGGUGUCCCCGCCGCCAGCCUUCCAUCUGCUGCUGGAGGCUUCUGUCCCCAUCACCGUCAGCGCUGAGGAGCGUCUGGCCGCGCCGUGCCUGCUGGAAUUUGCAGGAUGUUCUUCUCCAGCAGGCGGGGAUCGCUCUGCUGAGCCAUGGGACUGCUGGCUGAGGUCGCUUCAGGAUGGUGGCGUGGCGGUGUGUGGUGACGUCCAUGUGCUUGUCAGCUGGCUCAGGUGACACGAAACAUCUGGAUCCCAUUGGUGAUGGGCUCCGAUUCUUCAAAAAGAGCCGGAGAUGUGUUCCCUUCGUGCAUAUCCCAAAGGAAGGGGAUGUGGAAAUGAAUGCUUUACUCCAGGACCUUCAAGUGGGGAAAAAAAAAAAAAACAACCUGUCAAGAUGAUUUCCCUCUUGUCACCGCUGUACGUAGAGUGCUUGGAAAUGACUGAAAAGCAGCAAAAUGGGGAUUAAAAUGGAGAGUUUUAUCUGCUGUGUCCGUGUAAGUGCAGCUCUGUUCUCAUAUUGGUUUGUGACAUGCAGAGAUGAUUGCUGAGGCGACGACCUGAGGCCUGCACCCCCCUAAACCUUAGAAAUCUGUCUUAGGAAUCUGGAUCUAAAUGUUGCAUCUUGCGCUUAUCUCUAAUUAUAAUGUUAAUUGCUCUAAAAAGUGAUAUCAAAGUGGUUCUUAUUAAAUAUAUGAUUUGA